AAAAAAAAAAAAAAAACUACCUUGAAUUACACACAUGGAGCAUAAAAAAACAGAAGAAAACCUAAGGCAACUUUUUGGGAAGAGAGCUUAAUAAUAUCUGCUACAUAAGUGACAGCUAAUAAUAACCAUUUCUAAUACAAAAUCAGCUUUAAUAAUGUUCGUUCAAUGGAUCGACAGGACGCAUCGUUUUAGUCAACGCGGCGGCGGCGGCCUCCGCCCAUCCUUCUUGACUCCUCGUUGAACUGUUUCUAUCACGAACUUUAAGAGGUCUACGUCUCUGCAGCAUGACUGCAUCCAUCGCAGUGCGAGACUUCGAGUAAUUCCAUGACGGAAACGAAGCAGAGCAUGCCUUUCUAUUAUUCUUUCCUUCUUCCCCUAAUUGUGAUAGCAACAGUAGCAACGACGGUGGCAGCGAGCAAUAUCACGACGUUGCCUGGUUGCCCGGCGAAGUGCGGCGACAUCGCCGUCCCUUACCCAUUUGGGAUCGGCGCCGGUUGUGCCCUCGAAAGCUUCCAACUCACCUGUAAUGGCACCAGACUCUUCUUCUCAAACUACGAGAUCGACUCCAUCUCCCUCGACCCGCCGGAGGUCACCAUCCAGCUCAACGCGAGCUGGAAGUGCUACAACGCCACCGGAUACGUCGUCGGCCAAGAGUCUCCCUCCUUCGAGACCGGCCUAACCAAGCCCUACCGGCUCUCCACCCGCAACACCUUCGCCGCUGUCGGAUGCAACACCUUCGCCGCCUUCGACGACUACGAAGGCUACUUUGCUAGCGGCUGCGUGUCGCUCUGCCACCAGGAGAGCGUUGUCGUUGACGGGGCUUGCUACGGCGUUGGUUGUUGCCGGUCGCCGGUUCCUAAGGAUGUGUGGUACUACCAUCCGUGCUCCGAUGACAGGUUCAACAAGUCACAGGUGGUGGAUUUCAGCCCCUGCAGCUACUGGUUCCUCAUCGACAACGACAAGUUCCAGUUCCGGGCGGCAGAGUCGAGGAUGAGUGGCAGGGGAGGGUUCACGACGCCGGUGGCGCUGGACUGGGCCGUGAGAACUCCUGCCACGAGCUGUGAGGCGGCGAGGAGGAACACGUCGACUUAUGCCUGCCGGAGUGACAACAACGAGUGCUACGAGACGACGAAUGGAGAAGGGUACCUCUGCAACUGCUCCACGGGGUACCGGGGCAAUCCAUACCUCGCCGGCGGAUGUCAAGAUAUCAACGAGUGCGACCUUAAAGAGGAGUUCCCCUGCUACGGCCAGUGCACGAACAAUAAUGGAAGCUAUGUUUGCUCGUGCCCAUCGGGACAAGAAGGCGAUCCUACUCGAGAACAUGGCUGCCGAUCGAAGGAUAGCUUCACGCUCGCUCUCAAAAUCGUCACUGGUGCCGGCGUCGGCGUGCUCUUCCUCCUGCUGCUGUCUCUGAUGGCGUACUUGGGAUCCAAAAGGCGAAGGCUCAUCGAGACGAAACGCAGAUUCUUCGAGCAAAACGGCGGCCUCCUCCUGCAAAAGAGCAUCACUGCUAAACAGAGCAUCGGGUUUAGGAUCUUUGCAGAGAAGGAACUGGAGAAGGCGACGAACGGUUUCGACGACGACCGCGUCCUCGGCACCGGCGGCCACGGGACGGUGUACAAGGGCGUGCUCGACGACCGGACCGAGGUGGCGAUCAAGAAGUCCAAGGUGAUGGACGAGGGGCAGCGGAAGGAGUUCGCGCAGGAGCUGCUCAUCCUCUCGCAGCUCAACCACAAGAACGUGGUCAAGAUUUUAGGGUGUUGCUUGGAGGUCGAGGUGCCGAUGUUGGUCUACGAGUACGUACCCAACGGCACCCUCUACGGCUUCAUCCACCGGAAAGAGGCGAUCUCCAUUGACACGAGGCUGAAGCUGGCGGCGGAAGCUGCGGAGGCACUCGCCUACCUGCACUCAUCUGCGUCGCCGCCGAUCAUCCACGGCGACGUGAAGUCGGCCAAUGUGCUGCUGGACUGGGAUUUCUCGGCGAAGGUGUCGGAUUUUGGAGCGUCGAGGCUGGCGCCGACCGACGAGGUGCAACUGGCGACGCUGGUGCAGGGGACGUGCGGGUACUUGGACCCGGAGUACAUGGUGACGAGCCAGUUGACGGAGAAGAGCGACGUGUACAGCUUCGGGGUGGUGCUGCUGGAGCUGCUCACGAGGAGGAAGGCGUUGUGCUUCGAGAGGCCGGAGGAGGAUCGGUGCUUGGCGGCGAGCUUUGCGAAGGCAAUGGAGAAGGGGCGACUGGAGGAGGUGGUGGAUGAGCAAGUCCUGGUGACGGAGGGAAGGGAAGCAGAGUACGUGAUCAGGGACGUUGCAGAGCUGGCGAGGUGUUGCUUGCGGAUGACGAGGGAGGAGAGGCCGGCGAUGAGGGAGGUGGCAGAGGCGUUGCAGAGGUUGAGGAGGUGGAGAGAACAUCCGUGGAUGCGUCUUGAUCUGGAGGAGGAAGCGAGUUUACUUGGAAGAGAUUGAUGAAGAUGAUGAUGCACAUCAAGAACAAACAGGACAAAAUUACUAUCAAGAACAGCUCCUUCACCUCGGUUUUGUGAAGAAUGAAAUGUACCAUUAUAAAUAUAUGCAUUAAGUGUUUAGUCCAGCAAUAAAGAUCAUAUAUUUAAUGUUUUA